AUGGUCAAAAACCAGAAAUCGCUUCUAAAGAAAGAGUUUGAUCUGUUUCGCGGAUUAAAGAAUGAAAGCACAAGGGAGAUUAUUGAGAGAUACUGCAAUUUGCUAUCUAACAUGAAGAGAUUGUGUAUUGAGAAAGACAAUGAAGAGUUGAUCGAAAAACUUGUUGAUGCUUUGCCACAUGAGACUUGGGUUGAAAGUAUGAAGGCAUGGGAAGAUGAAGAGGUAACUGGAGAGAAGGAAGCUGGAGAAAUUGCUGAUUUAAUUAGAGAUGACAUACUUGCAUUCUUCAACACACAGACACAUCAUACUCAAUUUGCGAAGCUUUUAAAAAAUGAGGGUGGGGCUGAAAUGAUGAAAAGUAAAAAGUCAUUGUUAAAGAAAGAAUUUGACCUUUUCAGUUGCUUGAAAGGAGAAAAUAUCAGACAGAUGAUAGAGCGUUAUUCUCACCUGAUAAUCGAGUUGAAAAGGUUUGGAAUAGAAAAAGACCGAGAGGAGAUAAUAGGAAAGCUUGUAGAUGCAGUACCAAAUGAAAAUGAUUGGUCUACAUACAUCAUGAUUCUCAAAAACAGUUCAGAGUUUGAUAAGAUGAGUUUACAAACACUAAUUCAGAAGCUUGAAUGUCACGAGUUAGAGAUACAAAAGCAGAAUAAGAUGAAUAACUCAAAUUUUCAACAGGAUGUGAAUCUUGUGAUCAGACGGUCACAACGGUUCAUGGAGAUUAAAGGGCAACAAUGUGUUGGAGGACCCAAUACCAAACUUGGAUUUGAUAAAUCCAAGACAACAUCUACUUCAAAGAAUGAUGAACCUGAGAAGAAUCAUGUUGAAGAGAUCAUUGACGUAAAUCAGGAGAUGACAACUGAGUAUCUGACAAAGAUUACUGAUCAAACGAUGAUGGUGGAUCUUAAAGAGAAAGAAAUACAAACUGAGUCAGCCGAGUCGUCACAAAAGAAAACCAAGAAUAGUGUUGAGAAAAGAGUUGAGAAUAUUGAGAUUAAAAUCGAGCUGCAGUGCAGGAAAUGCAUAGAAACAUGCAGUGCCUGUAUUGAGAAAGAUGAAAUCAUUAAAUUUAAACAUGUUGAGCUCACAAAAACAGAAAAUGCUUUAAAGGAAAAAUGUGCAGAACUUGCUUCGAAAGAAGAAGUUCAUACUUUAAAUCAAAAGCAAAUCAAUGAGUUAAAUAGAGAAAUUGAUUCUUUGAAAAGUGAUUUGAGAAAAUCAUAA